AUGUUAACUAAUUACAUUAUUUUAUUUGGUUUAUUACUGUUAAUAUUAAUGGUAUCAUGUCGUCCACCAGAAUGUCAAGUUGAUAAUGUUGAUUUUUUAACAAAAGUUCGUGAUUCACCUAUUGUUCUUCUUGGUGAAACAAUGACAAAAAAUAUGUUUCCAAACGCAAUGAAUCAAUUUAAUGUGACAUUUCAAGUCAGUUGUAUAUUCAAAGGAAAACCAACAAAUCAUACUAUUAGUAUUAGUCAAGCAGGUUUUACAUCUGGGCGUAAUUAUUGUCAAGAUCUGGCAGCUGGCACAACAUACAUUGUUUUUCUUGAAGAGUGGCAUGAUGUUUAUCGUCCAAUGGACUUUCAAGAAAUUGAAUAUUCAAAUAAUAAUAAUUCAACAUUGGAAUUAUUAGAUAAAACCUGUAAUCUGACACAUUUAAAAGCAAAAGAUUAUGCAAUUGACGAAUGUCCGCCCGUUUCAACUGCUUGUUAUGAAUCUAAAAUGGAUACAAUUAUAUCGUCAAAACAUGGUGGUGAUGAUGCUCAUUUUAGAGACUAUUUAACAUCAUCUCAUCCAGCAAUAAUUAGUGGUGAUAUGCAUUAUGAGCAGUUAAAUGUUUCCUCGAAUAUUCAUCCAAUAGAUAGUGUACAAGAUGAAUCAGAUGCAACAUUAAAUCAACAACGUGGAAAAUCGCAGUUUUCAGAUGAACAUCAACAUCCACCCAAUCAUGUAUCAUCAACUUAUCAAAGUUUUAUAGUUCUCAUCUCAUUUAUUGUCGCAUGCGUUGUAUUCGUACAAUGA